UUUUAAAUUCUUGAAAAAAUCACAUCUUUUACAGCUCUUAUCGGGAGCGUAUAUAUUAACAAUAGAAAAUAUACGACCCUUUAUAUCAACAUUUAAGAGAAUUUUUCUAAAUAAAAUUGAGACACUGAAUCGCUGUAGUUAUGGAAUGGUUUUCCAAUAUUAUAUUUACUUUCAUACUUUUUAACAAAGUGUGUUUCUUGUAAAAAUGCAAUAUCUAUUUUCGUUUCUGAUAGCUUUACCAAUGAUUUGUCCUAAGAUAUUCUGAGCGGGCCAAUCAGAUGGUUUCGUGUUUUGGGUACCUGUCUGGUCCAGUCCUGUCCCCCACUUGUCAUUAAAAGUAGACUCGGCGAACAGGGUAUCCUUUUUAACAGAUCUGAGCUUCACUCUGAAUCUCUUCACUUGAAUGCAUUUAUUUUCUAUUAUUUCUUUCAUAACAUCCUCAGAGGAUUCGUUCCACUGAGCAUUGAUUUUCACUUUAUCAUCAUUGCGUUUGGCGGAAAGCGCAUCUGUAGCAUUUUGAAUUGAUUUGGCGGCAUCCAGGUCCCCACAUCUGGGAAUAUUGAAUUCAACAAGAAGGAUAUGCAAACAUUACCAUCAUUUUAUGUUGAGAUGCUCAGUGCAUGGUAUGCAAUUGAAGAUUUCGUUGUUUUUAAUUAUAAUGACUGUGAUAUAUACAAAUUCUGUUUGUUUUAUAAUCUAAGUUAUGAAUGCUGGGAAAAUGUUGAAAUGGGAACAUUUUAACAAAGCGGGCAUUACUCACAUAACAGAUAAUACAUAUAAAGUUCUAUAUAUAAACUUUUUUUUUUACCAUUAUCGUGUAUUAUUGAGAUUAUUCAGGAAUGUAAUCCAAAUAUCCGCGAAAACUUCAUUAAGGACAAUUAUAAAUGUUUAUUGUCAAUCAUACCAGAAGAAUGUAUAACGAAAUUAUUUUUAAAAUCAGACAAUUCUGUACAUGUACAUCGCAAAAAUAGAGGCAAUAUAUCUUCAAAUUUAUUUGAACAUGAAGGACAUGAAUUAGAAUCACUUUUCCAGACCUAUAUAAUGUUUCAUAACCGAAAAUUGCAUUAUGAAAAAUUUUGAAAUCCAAUCUAAUAAUUAUAACAGGUGGUUUACACGACUGUUUAUACGACUGUAACAAUCUUGAACAUUUAUUGAAGGAUUUUGAGAAUUCGGUUUAUAAUCAUUUGAACGCUGAUGUAGUCUAUAUAUCAGUAUUGCCACCUGAAACAAAAAAUAUCAAUUUAUUUUUAUUGAUUUUUUCAUAUCACUCUGUAUAUUUAGCAGAUUUAGACGGAGACAAAUAUUUAAAAAAGAAAACAAAAAGUUUGUCAAAUCCUGCUUAUGCAAAUAUAUUUUAAGAAAUUAUAUCUCAUAUAAUCAUGAUCAACUUUGUGUUGCUGAAAACGGAAAUGAUGUGUUCUAUAAAAAAAAAAUCUUGUACAGAAAUCCUCUAGUCAAAGAAAGAGAUGAUAUUUUGAUGUUUAUGUUUUAAAUAUUUUGUGUUUAAUAGUUAUCUUCUUAAAUUCAGAGAGAGAAAAGCACGUCGACUGCUGAACCGUAGAUCUCGGGAUCGAGUCCAGCAGGGGUUUUAAUCCUUUUUAUGCCCCCGAGAUCGAAGAUCAGGGGGCAUAUUGUUUUUGUCCUGUUUGUCAUCCUGUCUGAAACUUUAACCUUGCUAAUAACUUUUGAACAGUUAGUGCUAGAGCUUUGAUAUUUCACAUGAGUUUUCCUUGUGAUAAGACCUUUCUGUUGGUACUAAACGUUUUGACCUUGGCAUUGACCUACAUUAAAAAAAAUUGAUAUAGGCCAUAACUUCUAAAUGUUAAAUAUUUUUGAUAUUGCACGUGAGCAUUUCUUGUGACAAGAUAUUUCUAUUGGUACCAAGAUAUUUGUCGUUAUGACCUUGGCCAUCUUUGUAAUGGCCAUUGUAUCAUGGCUGCGGUGUUUUUCCUAUUAUAUAAAGUGUACAAUAACUGGAGAUACACCAGUGGGCGGAACCAUCAUUUGCAUAUUUUUUAAAACUGUGCGGUGUAAAUAAAGGUGUUGCACGUCUCAUGUUAAUUUCCCUAAAGGUGUUGCAUGAAAGAUCGAAAAAAAAUGAGUUAUUCAAAUAUAUUAUGAAACCAAUUGGAAUGUAUGUCUUGAUUCAAUAAUUUUUGAAAAUAUGUUUAAAAGACAUGUGUUGACAAAAUUAGCCAAACUAUUUCGAGCUUCAAUCAAGCAAUAAGCGAUUUAUAUGAUUUUUAACGUUAAAAUGUAGGGGUAUCCCCGAAUUUCAGAAAAACUGCCUCCGUGAAACAAUAUAAAUUUAGCAUGAACAUGUUCUUCGAGUUUUCCUCUAAAAAAAACUGUCGCUUUGAAAUUUUGUUUCACAAGGGCAUUUUUUGUAAAUUAAAAAAAAAUCGAAACAACAUCACUGGGAUUAUUUUCAACUUCACCUGUACGUUAAUUUUCCUUAGUGAUGUAUGGUCUACUAAGUGGUUCAGUGGGUAAGGUCGUCCACUCCGAAAUGUAAAGAUGUUUUCUAUUUUUAAAACGACCGGAUUCGACUCCCUCACGAACACAUUUUUUUCCAUAUUACGUUUUCCAUCUAGAUUUUUUUUUCUUAAUUCAAACACAUUUCUAGACUUUAUAAAUUUUUCAUGUCAAAUCUCUGUUUAUUACCAUGUGCCGAGUUUGAAAUAAAUUUUCAACCUGGACACUGUUUAGUUUGUGAAUAGGACUUUCAACAAACACGUCGAAUACAGCAUGUAAUACCUGUGUUUUAAUAGUCAAGGCUGCUAACGAGAACUUGUAUGUUUUUCUGAAUGAAAGUUGUUGACAAAGGCAUGGUGCCUUUUAAGAAAAACUGUUGUGAACUUUGCAAAGCUUUGGAAGAAAAACUUUAAGGCCAAACAUGGUAAAUAACCGUUAAACAGUUUGAGUUUAUAUGUAUUCCAGUAGCAAAUUGGUAUGUUAAAUCAAGUUUUACAGGUGCAUGUACUUCGAAUAAUGUUUAACUUUAUUAAAGCAUAUUAAACUUCCCAUAUUUUGUUUUGUGGUCAGAGUCAUGUACAAUUGCCAAUUGUUGAUUGUAGAAAACAAUACAUACGAGUAUAAGAGCUUUUGGACUGUUGUAGUAUAGAAUAAUAUUUGAUACACUCGUAACAUGUAACCGUAUGCAUUGUAUCUGAUACUCAGAAAAAAGACCAUUUAAUUUUCACGAUUUCAAAAAUUAUCUUUAGACUACAUGUAUAAUGUAUUGACACAUAAAAUGUAUUAGGCUUGUCCCUAGUACUGGGGAAUCCUUCAGGUAUUUAAAUGGCAAAUACGAAAUGAGUAUAAAUAUUAAUGAAGGUCAGUUCUACGUCCCGAGUGCUGGCACGGAGCUCCGAUUAGGGAAAAUUCCCACUUCGGUGCAACACCCUCUUAUUGAACAUUCGACUCGUGCUUCUCACUCGUCACCGCCCUUCGUCCAAAUAAAUCAAAAUACAUCGAAAUAAAUAUACAAUAUUAACUAUUACUUAUCGGGGGGCAUUUGCAUUUCACAAAAACGUCUUGUUUCAGAUUCCUUUGUACUAAAACUGCAUUUUGUUUUUACUAAAUAAAGUAAAGUUCAAAGUUUUCAAUUUCAAAAUAUUGUUCUUUUCAUCCAUAUCAAAUUUCGCUGGUGCAGCAUAACUCCUUAAAGGCUUUGUAAAAUUAUCUCGGGUUGCUCUUAGGUAUCAGAUGGGUAUAUCAGGUGAUUUCCAGAUAUUCAAACGCCGAAUAGUUUUACCAUAUAAGGUGAUUGUGUUUCUGCGCUAUAUUCCAGGAAUUGCACUGGCAGGCUUCUUCAUUCAUCAGAGAACUUUUACUGACAGUGGUAGGCCUAGGAACUGAAAAAUAAAAUACAAUGGGUGACGAAGACGUUGCAGCUUUAGUUAUUGAUAAUGGAUCCGGAAUGUGCAAGGCUGGAUUCGCCGGAGACGAGGCCCCCAGGGCCGUGUUCCCCUCCAUAGUUGGACGACCCAGACAUCAGAGUGUUAUGGUUGGUAUGGGUCAGAAAGACAGCUAUGUAGGAGACGAGGCCCAGAGCAAGAGAGGUAUCCUCACCCUCAAGUACCCCAUUGAACACGGUAUCGUCACCAACUGGGACGACAUGGAGAAGAUCUGGCAUCACACCUUCUACAAUGAACUCCGUGUAGCCCCAGAGGAACACCCCGUUCUCCUGACCGAGGCCCCACUCAAUCCCAAGGCCAACAGAGAAAAGAUGACAAAAAUCAUGUUCGAAACCUUCAACUCUCCUGCCAUGCACGUCCAUAUCCAGGCUGUCCUUUCCAUGUUCGCUUCCGGUCGUACAACUGGUAUUGUACUGGAUUCCGGAGACGGAGUAUCUCACACAAUACCCAUCUAUGAAGGUUACGCCCUUCCCCACGCCAUCAUGCGAUUGGAUCUCGCUGGACGUAAUCUGACCGAUUACCUCAUGAAAAUCCUCACAGAGCGUGGUUACUCCUUCACAACCACAGCUGAAAGAGAAAUCGUCAGGGACAUUAAAGAGAAAUUAUGCUAUGUUGCUUUGGACUUCGAACAGGAGAUGGGCACUGCUGCAUCCUCAUCGUCCUUGGAAAAGAGUUAUGAACUUCCUGACGGUCAGGUUAUCACCAUUGGAAACGAGCGAUUCAGGUGCCCAGAGGUCAUGUUCCAGCCAUCCUUCCUUGGAAUGGAAUCUUCUGGUAUCCAUGAAACCACAUACAAAAGUAUCAUGAACUCUGAUGUCGAUAUCAGGAAAGACUUGUAUUUUAAUAUUGUCUUAUCUGGUGGUUCAACGAUGUUCCCUGGUAUUGCAGACAGAAUGCAUAAAGGAGUUACUGCUCUCGCACCACCAACAAUGAGGAUCAAGGUUAUCGCUCCACCAGAGAGGAAAUACUCCGUCUGGAUCGGUGGUUCCAUCUAUGCUUCUCACGCCACCUUCCAACAUGCGUGGAUCAGCAAACAGGAAUACGAGGAAUCGGGUCCAUCCAUUGUCCACAGGAAGUGCUUUUAAGUGCCUUUCUUUCUAUGAACUUUUAAGAACUCUUAAAAUAUUACUACUAUACAUAUUUUCAUAUAAUGAGACCAUAAUUGUUCAUCCUUUAUACAUUUUUAAUCCUUUGUUAAACACUUUAUAUAUUUGUUACAAUCUAAUAAAUUCAUAAAACAAGAA